CAGUGCCACAACCGAGUUUCUGCAGCUGGGAUAGUUUCAUUGGACUAUAGGCUUUUCCACAGACGUGCGUGCAAAGAGCGCACACGCCAGUACUCAUUUAUUUCUGCUUUGCGCACUCCACAACAACAACAACAACAACAAAAACAGACAGACCAGAGGACUUGGGUUUAUUCUGGAGGGCUGCUUCCACCAUGAGCGCCGGACAGACUUAUGAAAAGAAGAUUGCGAGUAUUUUGACCGAUCUUCCCGGAUCUAUGAGUUGCCACCCGAACUCCAAGGACUCUCCUACUCUGCCCGAGUCUUCGGUGACGGACAUGGGCUACUACAGCGGACAGACAGCCCACGGCCACCACGAAUACUAUCAGGGCCAACCGUACGGACAGCCCAUGAACUCUUACCAUCACCAGUUUAAUCUGAACGGAAUGGGGGCCGCUGGAGCGUACACCACCAAAUCUGAAUACCCCUACACGAAUAGCUACAGACAGUACGGACAUUACAACAGAGAUCACCUUCAGGCCUCGCCUCCAAACUCAGUGAAAGAAGAGCCAGAGCCCGAGGUCCGCAUGGUGAAUGGAAAACCGAAAAAGAUCCGCAAGCCGAGGACGAUCUACUCCAGCUACCAGCUCGCUGCUCUGCAGAGGCGCUUCCAGAAGGCGCAGUACCUGGCCCUGCCCGAAAGAGCGGAGCUGGCGGCUCAGCUCGGCCUGACUCAGACACAGGUGAAAAUCUGGUUUCAGAACCGGAGGUCCAAGUUUAAGAAGCUCUACAAGAACGGUGAGGUCCCCUUGGAGCACAGUCCUAACGCCAGCGACUCCAUGGCAUGCAACUCCCCGCCCUCCCCCGCAGUCUGGGACAACAGCACCCCUCAGAGCACCCCGAUCAGCAGACCCCAGGUGCCGCAGCCGGCGCACAGCUCGUCGCCGCCCUACCUGGAGGAUUAUAACAACCACUGGUACCAGCAGGGAUCACACAUACAACACCCGGGCACCGUGCACCACCCUGUCCCACAGCAGAGCGUGGGGGCUGUUUAUUAACAAUGACUCCAGAGCAGUUUUAUCUCCAGUUUAAUUUUUUAAAAGCGAGGUCUCUCCAUAAUGACUCUGCAGAGCAAAGGUAAAGACUGAACCGGACAGACCUGAAGUGAAACAUUUGCCUGUGAUUUCUGGAUGAUCGGCUUGGCAAGAGUGUUUCAGAACUGGGUUUCCAAUUCACAAAGCACAUAAGGGAUUCCUAAUCACUUGUGGCAGCAUAUUUAAAGGACAUCUGGCGUGGUUUUCUAAAUUAUUUAUCGCUUCUGUUGUAUUUCCUUAACAUCUUUUGUAAAUGAAUAUGCAAAGUUCUUUUUUUUUUUUUUUUUUUUUUUUUUUAACAAGUAGCCUAAAACACAAACCGAUUAUUGACAAAACUGUGCAGUUGAUCCAUGCUACACCUAAAUCAUGCAUGUGGGUUUGUAAAGAGCGCGUCAAAACUCAGGUCAUAUUUAUAUGGAUUUGUACAAAACGUCGAAGGCUGUAAAUAUGUGUUUAUAUGCAGAACCACUAUGAUCAUAUUUGUCUGAAACGGAACGACUGCACUGUGGUGCUUCCUUUUUAUAUUCAUGUAAGUAGUCCACUUGUUGCCUUCCUGUCAAUUGAAUAAAGGUGUUAAUUGGA